UCUACUCGCAUCGCUAUGCCUCCCCAGCCGAGCGGUAAGGCCGUGAAGAAGGCCGGCAAGGCGCAGAAGAAUGUGCGCGCCACCGACAAGAAGAAGAAGAAGCGCCGCAGGAAGGAGAGCUUCUCCAUCUACAUCUACAAGGUGCUGAAGCAGGUGCACCCCGACACUGGAGUCUCCAGCAAGGCCAUGUCCAUCAUGAACAGCUUCGUGAACGACAUCUUCGAGCGCAUCGCCGCCGAGUCGUCCCGUCUGGCUCACUACAACAAGCGCUCGACCAUCACGAGCCGGGAGAUCCAGACUGCCGUGCGUCUGCUGCUGCCGGGCGAGCUGGCCAAGCACGCCGUGUCCGAGGGCACCAAAGCCGUCACCAAGUACACCAGCUCCAAGUAGGCGACCGAGCGCUCGUCCGCCCAGCCAACACCCAACGGCUCUUGUCAGAGCCACCCAAAGUGUCUGCAUUGGCAUUGGGAUGUAGCGAGAAUCUCGCGACGAUUCCGUCCGUUUUCCCUCUUGUUUUGUUUACAUGUUGCGUGCGCUUUCCGACAGCGCGCCUCGUAUAAUCUUAGCGGUAGAAAAAAAAAACACACACACACACACACACACACAACAACAUGCACUGAGCACAACAACGCGCACACGAGCAUGCAUAAUGCGUGUUCCUACUAGUGCGAACGACGGAAUGCGUGUUGUAACGCUGCGUCGGUCGAUAGUUUUGCCUUAUGCGAGCCGAGCGUAGUGUAGUGUAAUUAUUGCAACGCAGCUUGUUGUCUUUCUUUCUCUCUCUCUCUUUUUUUUUUUUUUUUUUCUUUUUCUUCUUAUGCGACGCCGUCUUGCGGCUCGCUCGCCUGUACGUUUGCGAAAAGUAAUUUCGUCUACGAGAAUGUACUCGUGGCGGCGGUUGACACGCAUACGACUGUUCUCGAGACUGGAAUCCUGAAUUAAAAGCCUCCUGCAAGGGCAGUGUCAUGUUUACAUGUGAGCGGUAUAGCACGGACUGGGGUGCGCAAAUCACUUGACAGGUGUAAGAAAUGUCCUAGCUAGAGGAACACUGAUUAGGAGAAACUUCAAGUAAUAUUAGAAAAAUGCUGCGCGCGCUUUCCGCAGACUGCUAUGGCGGUUUAAAGGGUAAAAAGUUUGUGAUUAAGUGCAGCGCGAUAACUGUCUCUCCAUAGAGGAGCCGCGCUGCGCGCCGGCGGCAAUGGCCGAGAGGAGGUCGGAGCGCUGUAUCCUCGCCCUCUUCCGUCCCCUAGAAUGCUGGAUUGGACCCACGCGGGCGUGUUUGGUUAUUUCGGCUGGGCUUAUCUGGGAGAUUACGCGAGCUAUGACGACGAAAUUUGACGGUCGUGUUGCCACAAGGGGACGCAGCCUAGGCGCAAAAUUUAAAACGCCUAAGUUCGACCGAUCACGAGUGCUCGCUGUUUUGCGAUUCGUGACCAAGUGAACGAUGGUCGCCCGGCUCAGCUUGAAGUCGUGCUCGCGCCGUGCUUUCCAGCGGCUACGAAGGUUAUAUUGCAAGCGUAGUCGUGGUAAAGAUGAAUGCAACGAGUAAUGAAAACGAGAAUGCAAGGAAGCUCUUUUUUUUUUUUUUUUCGGGAACUCGAGCAGCGGGCGCAACCUAGCACCACGAGUAAUGUUGGAUUGUUCGUUUUGUCCUUGCGAAUGCAGGGCGAGGCGUUUUUAUUUUUGUUAAUUAAUUUUUCAAGGAACAAAAGUCACUAACUGCAGCAACAAAAAAUAAAAUUAGGGCACAAUAGGCCUGCGUUGCAGUGUUAUGUGCAAGUGCACGAUUGUUUUGUUUUGCUGAAGCCAUUUAUUUCAAUUUCACUCCGCGCGUGGUCAAUAGAGGGCUCAGUGCGUCCACCAGCGACACACUCGCGAAGAGAAGCGGCGGCGCGGGUGAGCCAA